CCGCGGGCGCUGCGGGCCCUCACCGGGUGCCUGCUGGGCGCCCUGGUGCUGGGCACGCUGGUGGGCAACGCGCUGGUGUGCCUGGCCGUCCUGCGGUUCCGCCACCUGCGCGCCAAGGUCACCAACUGGUUCGUGCUGUCGCUGGCCGUCUCGGACCUCUGCGUGGCCCUCCUGGUGAUGCCCUGGAAGGCGGUCACCGAGGUGGCCGGCGGCUCCUGGCUCUUUGGCAGCCGCUUCUGCGACACCUGGGUGGCCUUCGACAUCAUGUGCUCCACCGCCUCCAUCCUCCACCUCUGCAUCAUCAGCCUGGACCGGUACUGGGCCAUCGCCAGCCCCUUCCGCUACGAGCGCAGGAUGACGCAGCGCCUUGCCUGCGCCAUGAUAGCCGUGGCCUGGGCCCUCUCCAUCCUCAUCUCCUUCGUCCCAGUGCAGCUACACUGGCAUAAAGCCGAGGACAGGAGCUAUCCGGGCUCCCGGCAGCCUGGGACGCCCCGCUGCGACGUCAGCCUGAACCGCACUUACGCCAUCGCCUCCUCCCUUAUCAGUUUCUACAUUCCCGUGGCCAUCAUGAUCAUCACCUAUACCAGGAUCUACCGAAUCGCCCAGGCCCAGAUCCGCCGCAUCUCCACCCUCGAGCGAGCGGGGGGGCAGUGGCCACCUCACGGCAAGGAGCCCACCUCCUCAUUGCGGAGUUCCCUGCGCAAGGAGACCAAGGUGCUGCAGACCCUCUCUAUCAUAAUGGGAGUCUUCGUCUGCUGCUGGCUGCCCUUCUUCCUGCUCAACUGCCUGCUGCCUUUCUGCCAGCCCGAGCUCGAGAGAGACCGCGAAGGACAGUCGCCCUGUGUUGGCCAAACCACCUUCAACAUCUUUGUGUGGUUUGGCUGGGCCAACUCCUCAGUGAAUCCAGUGAUCUAUGCUUUCAACGCAGACUUCAGGCGGGCUUUCAGCAACCUCCUGGGCUGCCAGUGCUGCUGCUGUGGCACACCCAGAUCCACUGUGGAGAGAGUCAACUUCAGCAAUGAGCUGGUUUCCUAUCACCAUGACACCACCUGCCAGAAGGAAGGAGCUGCCUCGUCGUCAGUACCCCCCACUGCCGUCGCUGCCUGGGUGCAGCCCAUACCCCAUGCUGUAAACCUGCAGGGAGAGGACAGCAGUGAGGAGAUGUCUAUGGAGAAGAGGCCUGUGACUUCUCAGGCACAGGCUGCCCCUGGCAGCAGCCCCAAGAGUCGUCAAGUGCCAGCUAUUUUGCAAUUGGAUUGUAAGGCAGAGCUAUCCCUGGAAACUAUUACCCCCUGUGCAGGGCUUGGUCGGUGUGAGGGACCUCAUCACCCUGUUCCGGAGGGAUAA